AUGGAGAAGGUCGCACGGCAAAUCUCCUGCAACCGCUCGUGCGGAGUCCUCGAAGGUGUCCUACAGGACGAGGCACCCAGCACCAGCUAUGAUGCCGCCGACCGCGCCACGCUUCUGCGCAAAUUCACAGUGCAUGCCACAAGCUCCCGCCGACUUCAGGGCCUUGCGGACGCUGGGCUCAUGCUCCUGGCACUCUUGCCCACCGUCCUGCUACGUCUUAUCCGCGCGGCCAUGGGGUUGCUGGGCAUCACAGAGCACCGAUGGCGCGGGAUCUCCAUGGUCGUCCCCCUCACCCUCGAAGACCGCACCCAGAUAGAGGUCGCCGUCCGCAACCUGGCGGCUGGCCGUCUCGGUCGUCGACCCGAGCCACCCCGCCGCGGCCCUGUCUCCCCAGCCCAACAGCUCCUACUUGACACCCACGCCAUCCUCGCCGCCGCUGCCACCACCGCCACCGCUUUCAGCCUGCCAUACGACGGCAUGCCGCACGCGGCACUCCAGGCUAAGCUGGCGUCAUACCUCCGCGGGGUCGCCGCUGCAGAGGACGUCUGUACUCAAGAUUGCCUGAAGCAAAUGCGCAAGAUGGCCAGAAAAACUCUGAUGGCACUGUGCGCAGCUGCGCCUCAGUUCCCUGUUGACGCCUCCGCCAACCCUGGCUGCGGCAGCAACAGCAGCAGCAGCUUCUUCCAGACCCCCAAACGCACCUCCUCCGUCUCCUCCACAAUCCACAUGGUGUCCAGACCCAAGCCGAGAGCCGUGGCUACGGCUUUCAUGGCUGCAUGCCUCCUAGAGCUGUCCCGCAGCCAGCCGGAGACCCUCAUCCACCUUGUCGCUCGGCUCCCCGACGGUGACGGGGAUCUGGUCGAAACCAUGACGCUUGUGCCGCUGGCCCCCGGGGCCGAGUACUUGCGCCUGCUGGCCGCGGCAUCCGACGAGCCGCACCGUUUCGAGGAGCAACUCGAAGCGGCGAUGGAGUUUGGGCGGUUGCGGCCUUCCGAUGCCAAGAAGGAGAACGCCAUGCAGGGUCUCACCAUCAAUGCGCGAGUGCACGGCGUCGGGGUGGUGCGGUACGGCGCGUUAGGCGCUGCAGCGGCCGCGGCGACAGCCUCCGCCAGCCCUGGUUGCCUGCAGGGCUUGGGUAACAGCAGUAGCAGCAACAGCGGCAGCGGCAAAGCCAUGCUGUCUGGGGUACAGGGCCCGGGCAACAAACGACAGGAAAACCAGGGACAAGGACAGGGGCGCGGACAGCGGCAGGGACAGCAGCAACAGCAGAAGGAAGAGGUAGAGCAGCAGACUCAAAGAACGGGUUUAGGGGCAAAGACGGGAGCCCAGACGGGAGGCUUCACUGCUUGCGGAGAGGACCGCGAUGAUGGUGCGGAGGAUGACGGCAGGGCCGGGUGGAGCACACGGCCAGGAGCCAACGGCGCCGCGCCGUCAGCAGUGGCAGUGGCGGAGGCUUCCAACGGUACGGCCGGCCACAGCCAGCGGCGGCGCCCCGACGGCGCGGUUGACGCCAGGACAAUCGCAUGGGGCGGCGGCGAUGACGAUGUUGGGGGAGGCGGUGAUGGCACUGCUGGCGGUGACGACAGUCGUACACUCGCAGGAGCCCACCGCAACGGCGGCGGUGGUGGUGGUGACGGGGACUCGGUCAGCUCGGACGAGGGCGGCGGUGACGAGGCUGACACGGAGGAGCUGCUAGGGGGAGCCAGGAAACAGAAGAACCUCGGAGCCGCGGCUGACUCGGACAGCACGCAGCCCACCACCUCUACCACCACCACCACCACCCCCGCCGCCAGCCACCCAGCUCCCCCCACCGGCUCCCGUAAGGCGUUCGGUCUCGUACUGGGACUGGUAGCUACUGCUUCUCGAAGAGCCAUCGGACUUCCGCCCGUUAAUCCUUCGAAGAAAGCGGCCGCAGCCCAGGCGGCAUCUUACGUUGCGUCCAGAAGCAGCGCCGAGGGCAGCAGUGGCAGCAGUAACGGCGGCGGGAAUAGCGGCGGUCAACAGCAGACUUUGCGCGCCAAGCCGCCAUCCUUCACGGCGGCGUCAGGGCCAUCGACCUGCAUCAUGCUCUACCCCACGGCCGCGCUGGAUGUGUUCCAGGCUGUGUACUCGUGUCCGCGCUCCGGGGCAUUUGCGGCGCACGGCCGGUCCCCUCGCGGCGUGGGGCUGUCUCGCCUGGCCGCGGUGUACACGGCGUGCCAUGCGCUGCCGGCUUCGGAGCAGGGGGCCCUCCUGGGGAGACUGGGGUACGGCAAUCCGGAGGAACUUAGAGCGGAGGUGGAGCUGCGUAAGGCGUUGUGCGUGGCGCAGGCGCCACUGCCUCCGGCUCUUCCCGUCGUGAUUGCGUCUCUCCGCCUCAUGUGCGGCUCGGCGGCUUGUCUCCGUGCCGCCUGCCGUACAGGAUCUUUCCUGCAUGUACAGCAGAGUUUGCUGUCGGACCUUCAUCGCCAUGAGCGGGGCUAUCUUGAGGACACCAAGGGGGCGCUGGAUGCCCUGGGUGAUAAGCUGGCGGUGAGGUUUGUGGAGGGCAGUGAGAAGGUCCUGCCCCUCCACGUCAGCGGCAACUGCAUCACCGUGUCGCUGCCCACGGACUGCGUCUCCGCCACCGCACUGUCGGAAGCGGGAAUUGAUCGGGCGACCUUUUGCGGCGCCACGUACGGUCUUACUCCGCUGCUCUUCAACAUGGGUAUCAACAGUUUGCAGUCUCUGGGUUUCCUAACCUGGCGGGGUCCGGGGGAGCCGCUGCAGGAUAUCCUGAACAGGCACGUCCGUCGUUGGCACAGUUUGGAGCGUCUCAACGAGUAUGCGGUUCGCGCGGGUGCUGCGGGCGGUCCCCACCUGUCCGCCCUGAACCGCCACUACAGCCCGCAGGGACACCGACACGCCAAGGACACGGCUAUGUUCAGUCUGGUAGGGCUGGCGGGGGGUGGGGUUCGCCGGGCAUGUGCGGAGGUGGGGGGGGGCCGGGCUGUCAACUGCAAGUCGGGAAAGGACCGCACCGCUCUGGAGCUCAGCAAGGCGCUCGCGGAGGAGGCGGUGGCGGCGGGGCUGCUGCCGCAGGGCCAAGUCACUUGGCUGGAGGGGCAGUUCUUGCGGGGCUUGUCGUACAUGUCCACGAGCCAAAACCACGGCCAACCGCCGGCGUACGCGUUUAACGAGAUGGAGAUUGCGACGUUACCCCCCGGGUGGCGCCCGGACUGGCGGCUGUGCGGCAAGACCUGUGACAGGCGGGCCUUACCUGACACGCGCGUGUUUCCCUUUUCUUCCCUGUUGGCGGCCUCCGAUGUCGCAAGGUGGUGCCUCGUCACCUUAGUCGCAUGGGCAACCACCGACGAAAGCGUCACCCAGUUUGACGUGGAUGUUUCAGCCGCUGCUGAUUCUGCUGCCGAGGAUCUUGGGCCACGCGAUGACGACGUGCUUCCUAACAGCCUUGCGGACUCAAUCGAUGAGGCUGCGAAGGCGACCGCUGAAGCCAUACAGCGCGGAAACGUUCGAUGCCAGGUGGAGCUGCACCUCCCGGAGUUCUGGGACCCCAUCUCGGGUCCCAUCUUCCCGAACCGGGGGGACCAGGAUCGCUUCUGGCGGAUGACCCGCAGGUUUCUGGAGCAGCUGGGCUUGGCGCUCAACUCCAGUGGCUAUAUUAAAGCGGUGUAUCCAGACGCGGGUGUGGCGGCUAUGCUGAGUCAUCAGUGGCAGGACCGUGCAUUCAAUAUCUCAUCGUUGAACGACCGGAGGCCUGUGGACGCGGAUGACGAGCUGGUUGUGGUUGCGUGUGUGGAUCCCCCGGGGGCGGAGGACUGCAUUCGAUUGGUACGACAGAUCCGUGAGCAGGACGAGCAGGCGGGCGGAUUGGACCGGCCCAUUGUGCUGUUCAACCAGCGCAUGUCCAGUGGCGAUGUGGGUCUGGGACUCAACGCCCGCCGCAUCCGUAACGAGUUCCUCAAGAACUUCACUGUGUCGUACAGUCUAAGGCCCAUCGGUGACAUUGGCACGGUGUUUAGGCGCUAUCCUGGGCAAUGGAAGGUGUUUGUGGAGGAGGAGAACCUGCCCGGGCGCUACCGACUGAUCAAGGAGUCCCCUACCCGACCUCAAGGUGAGGCUCUGGACUUCCUGAUCCGGGAGGCGCUCAUGGGGGUCGAACCGGGGGCUGCCGCUGGCGGCGGUGACGGGGGGGAGGGGGCCUCCGGAACCAAGCAGGGCCCCUCCCUGCUGGUGCAGCUCUCACGUACCGUGACCUCACUCAGCUACUUCAUGAAGUCACUCAAGAACUAG